AUGCCUAAUUCACGCCUCUGGGAACCUCUCAAGGUCGGUAAUCUGACGCUGCAGCACCGCGCCGUCAUGGCGCCGCUGACGCGCUACCGCAACGGUGACGACCACGCGCCGCUCGACAUCAUGACGCAGUACUACAGCGACCGGGCCUGCGUCCCCGGCACCCUCAUCAUCACCGAGGCCACCGGUGUGUCCGGCGCGGCCGAGGCGCGGCCGUGGCUGCCCAGCGUCGCCAGCUCGGCGCAGGUCUCCGGCUGGGCGCAGAUCUACGCCGCCGUCCACGCGCGCGGCAGCUUCGUGUUCCAGCAGCUGUGGGACCUUGGCCGCGGCGCUGACCCGGCGUACGUCCAGGGCCGCGGGUUCAAGUACGCGUCAAGCGGGGACGUGCAGCUCGCGGGGCGCGCCGAGGCGCCGGCGCCGCUGACCGAGGACGAGAUUUGGCAAAAGGUGGACGAAUUCCGCCGGGCGGCGCGCAACGUGGUCGACGCCGGCGGUGACGGCGUUGAGAUCCACGGCGCGCACGGCUACCUUGUCGACCAGUUCACGCGCGACAGCGUCAACAACCGCACCGACGCUUGGGGCGGCUCCGUCGAGAAGCGCAGCCGCUUCCUGCUCGAGGUCGUCGAGGCCGUCGUGCGGGAGAUUGGCGCCGAGCGCACCGCGCUCCGCCUGAGCCCUUUCGCGCUGCACCAGGAGUCGUACUCCUCCGACACGUGGGAGCAGACGGGGCACAUCGUGCGCGCCCUCAAGGAGCGCGGCCACCGGCUCGCGUACCUGUCCCUGGUCGAGCCGCGUGGCGAUCCAUCGCAACUGGACGUGGCGGUGCCGGACCCGUCCCGGCCGCAGCCGUUCACGAAGCGGCCACAGUCGCUCGACUUCAUCUUGGACGCGUGGGCCGACUUCUCGCCAGUCUUCGUGGCUGGCAACUACAAGCUGGACACGGCGGCGAAGACGCUCGAUGGGCCGUACAGGGGCUGGAAGGUGGCGAUUGCGUUUGGGCGGCCGUACAUUUCGAACCCGGACCUGGUGUUUCGACUGAAGCACAACGUGCCCUUUGCGCCGUAUAACAGGGACACGUUUUACAACGAAAAGGACCCGAUGGGAUACAAUGAUUAUCCCUUCUGUCCAGAGGCAAUCACUGCUGGAUUAGCGAAGGCAUAG